ACCAGAUCGUCGGUCCAUCUUGUGAGGGGCCUACCAACACUACGUCUUCCGGUACGUGGUCGCUAUUCGAGGACUUUAUUGCCUCAACAGCCCUCUGUCCAUCGAACUAUGUGCCUUGCCCACUGCCACUUCGGUUUCGCAAUCCUUUGGGCUAUCUCGGUAACAUUGGUUCUCCUACGGAUCUCCUCAUUUCUGAUUCGAUCUUGCAGGGAAACUCAGAGCAUAGCCCUCUCCAUUGCCCCCUGAGCGACCAUGAGCUUUCUCAUAAGGCCCAUAGUAUAUAUAAUGAAUAUAUUUUAACAAUGAGAUUAAAAUAAUUGAAGGAUAAAAUAAAAUUGUCAUAUUAUGUAUAUUCAUUGUUAUCAAUUAAUCGUUUAUUCCUAUCAGCGUAAUCCAGUAACAACUUUUAUAAUAACGCACAAGGAGAUUUAUUAUUCAGUGUGUGGUGAGAUUUAUUACGAUGGAGAACAGUUCGGAGGGUAAGGCCAGUGACGUCACGGAAACGAAGAGGAUCGACCUCGACGAUGUCCUGGUCAACGAGCUGGGACAGUUCGGCCCCUUCCAGCUCCGGUACAUGGUGCUUGUAGCAAUCCCCAUCAUCAUGUCUGCUUUUAUGAGCGAGUUCAUCUUCUCAGCGGCUGCUAUACCACACAGGUGCCAAAUACCAGAAUGCGGGGAAGAUAGAAAACUGGUGUCAACAUUUGAGCCAGAAUGGAUUCUCAACGCUGUCCCGGAGACUGAUUCAGGGUUCUCCAGCUGCGAGCGCUACCGACCUGGCGGCGUGCUCAACGGAACCCUUGCCUAUUGUCCAGCUUCCAUCUUCGACCAGUCUGCCACCAUCGACUGCGAUCGAUUCGUUUACGCGAGAGACAACUCUAUUGUGUACGAUUUUGAUCUCGGUUGUCAAGAAUGGCUUCGAGCACUGGCCGGAACUUUGAACAGUGUGGGAACAUUACUGGUUCUCCCAAUCACUGGAUACAUAUCGGAUAAGUUCGGUAGGAGGAUCGCUUUGGUGAUCAGCGUGUUUAACCUAGCGUUGAUAGGACUGAUACGGGCUUUCUCCGUGAACUACGCUAUGUACGUCUCCUUACAACUGCUGCAAACGACACUUGGUGCUGGAACAUUCAGUUCUGCUUAUAUAUUUGCUGCCGAGCUCGUUGGACCAAAGUACAGAGUAGUAGCGAGUGCUACGUCUACAUCAAUGUUUGCGGUUGGCCAAGUGGUCCUGGGUGGUGUGGCCUGGCUGGUCCAACCGUGGAGAUACAUGAUAUUGGUCCUCCACAUACCAUGCUUCCUCAUUAUCUCUUAUUAUUGGAUACUCUCCGAGAGCAUAAGAUGGUUACUGUCAAAGCAGAAGUAUGUGGAGGCGAGACAAGUGUUGGAGAAGAUCGCAAGAGUGAAUAAGAAAGAGAUAAGUGAGAAGUCAAUGGAGGGAUUAUUGACUCCACCACCCAGCGCCACUACUUCUGAUAAUUUGAAGGAGAGUAAGCCAGGUCUGGUGAGCUCACUGUUCAAAUCUCGAAUCCUCCUGCGCCGCGUGUGCACCACUCCAAUCUGGUGGAUCACGACCACGUUCGUCUACUAUGGUCUCUCCAUUAAUUCCACUAGCUUAUCAGACACUAUGUACCUGAACUAUAUCUUGACCUGCGCUAUUGAAAUCCCCGGCUUCUACACCGCUGUCUUCAUUUUGGAUAGGAUCGGCAGGAAGCCAACACUCUGCGGUGGAUUCUUAUUCAGCGCUGCUUGUAAUAUAGCCUUCGUCUUUAUUCCUUCAGAUCUGACUGUGUUCCGAAUGAUCGUCUACCUGGCGGGCAAGUUCGGCAUCUCACUGGUCUUUACGUCACUGUACCUGUUUACGUCGGAGCUCUACCCUACGGAGUUCCGUCACAGCCUGCUCGCUUUCUCCUCCAUGAUCGGUAGGAUCGGCUCCAUCACUGCGCCACUCACACCUGUUCUGAUGGACUAUUGGCACGGAAUUCCGUCUAUGAUGUUUGGUGGCAUGGCCAUCCUGUCGGGUCUUCUGGUCCUCACGCAGCCGGAGACGCUCGGCACCAAGAUGCCAGACACCCUCGCUGAAGCAGAAGCCAUCGGCAGGAGCUGAACUCAUAUCUACCUCUCUGAUUAUACAUAAUUAGAUUUAUUAUCCUCCGUGAGGAUAUCAUUAUUAUUUAUAAUAAAUAUUGGAAAUUA